CUCUCAUAUACACUUGGACUCGUGGGUUCCUGCUAUUCUAUUGAUACUGCGUGCGCAUCUGCAUUGGCGGCAUUGCAUCUCUGCGCCACCACAGUCCAAGACAGCUGCACAGAUGGCAUCGGGGUUGGAACUAAGAUCCUGACUCAAAUAACAAAUCUUGCGAUGUCCGUGGCUGCAAUGCUAUCACUGGCUGGAAGAUGCCACACUUUUGACCGUCGGGCGAACGGAUAUUGUCGCGCUGAGGGAUGUGCUGCACUCCUACUUUAA